AUGGAAAGUGACUUUAAAAGAGAAGUUGCAAGGGCAGCGACAGAUUACUGUGCCGUUGACGAAACACGAUGUGGAUCCACUCCAUCAAGUUCCCGGCGAAAGCGGUCUUCCGACAAAAUGAUAUUUACCAGCGAUAGGAUUCACAUUCUUCCUGGUUAUCCAAAGGAAUCGAUAGAUGAUCCUUCAGUGACCUUGUUAGCUCUUUAUUUACAAUUUCCUGAAGAAUUCUCAGAUGAUAUCAUUGACAAAGACGUCCUAAAAGCCAUCGUGGAAAGUAAUGAACAGAGUAUUGGAGGAUCAGUGGGCGGUACCAUCUCCAGUGUCCAGCCUUUAGCCUCCACUACAGAAACCACAGAAGAAAGUGACGAGGAACCAAAAUCAAAGAAUGCCAUUAUUAUAGGCCUUUGCGUGGGUGGUGUGAUAUUGGUCGUUAUUCUCGUCGCUAUUUUCUUGCAUUUCAAGAGAAGAAAAAGGUAAGAGAUUAAGCUUGAACAAGUUGCAUCCAAUUGCCUAAAUCCAAACUGAAACUAAUUGAAACAAUAACUAUAUUUAUUAUGUAAAAGUUAAUGGUAUACCGAGUGGUAACACAUUGAUAAAAAACGAUUUGACAUCCUCACAUAACAUAUAUUCUUUGUCCCUUUAACCACCCUUAAAUUUGUUGGUGUACGAUCGACACAUCUUCAGAUCUUCUUCGGAAGUAUUCAGCAAUUCUCGGUUGUCUUCUGUAAUCUUCGGAAAAUGUUCGGAAAUCUUCAGAAAAUGUUCGAAAGCGUUCGUCUGACCUUGGGACAAAUUUUGGAAAAUCUUUGAAAAUCUUCGGAAAGUGGUCAGAAAUCUUCGGAAAAUCG